AUGGUCGGCGGUCGCUCGCCUCGACGCUCGAGCAGUGGCAGCGCGUCGGGUAGUCCGGUGCACCGCAAGGCCACGUCGCUCAGCUCGAUCAAGGUCGAGCCAUUUCGCCCGUCAUCGUCGCUCUACAACCCGGGCUCAAACGGCGGCUUGUACUCGAUCCGUAAUGGCCAGGGCUACCAUUCCCGCCCAGGGUCGUGGGUGCGAGCCCUGGCCAUCUCGUGGCUGCCGACGCCGCUGCGGCGACUGCUGUACCUCCAUCCGACCGCAUACCUCAUCCCGUGCUUCCUCUUCUUCUUCCUCAUUGCGUCGAGCUCCUUGUCCCAGUCACCGGACAACCACCCCCUCGAGAUCUUGCAGGAGCUGCCUUUGCACCCCUUCGCGGCGUUCAACGUCAAGUGUCACGACGCGCCCCACGCCUCGCUCGUCGUCAAGCCGGAAUACGUCGACGACGUGCUCGCCGGUCAAGACCACAAGGUCACCGCGAUCGUGCUGCAUGGCUUCAACGAUCGCAAUCAAUGGACCGAUCCGCUCAAGGCCGCGCUCCCCUACGUCAAAUGGUGCGUUCUCCAUUUUCGUUCUGACCGUCACGCCAACGCGCCUCCCCCCACUUUGGUUCAACCGACUUGGCGCGCUGCAGCGAGACUGAUCUCCGCGCUCGGUCGUGUGGACAACUUCUUCCUCCCGCAUGGGCAAUGUUUUUCUUCCACAGGAUACAUCCGAAGGGACGCACGAUCAACAUAACCGCCAAUGAAGGCCAUGCUUCACCCGCGUGGUACGACAUCAAGUAGGUUUUUCUUCCUCCUCGUGGCUCGAGGCCCAUGGACAGCACGGACCCCUUCGCACGAGCUAACGACGCGAGUCGUUCCUUUGCCCGCCAGGACCUAUCACGACAUACACGAAGAUGAGGACCGGGCAGGGAUGUUGGAGACACAGCGACAGCUCAACCAACUUAUAAAGCGAGAACGGAGCGUGUUUGAGCAGCGCGGGGAAACGCCGAGAAUCGUCGUGGGCGGGUUUGGCCAAGGUUCGUGUGCCGAUCUCUCUGCGCCUACGCCUGCUGGUUCCUCUGCAGGAUGCUCAACAGUUUUCUGAGUAUCUGGACAGGUGCGACCAUGGCGAUCCUGAGCGCAUUGACUUCGGCCGAGCCGCUCGAUGCCGUGAUUGCGCUGUCGGGCUACGUCCCCGUGCCUUCGAAAGCCCUCGAGGUGAGAACCGACCAGGACGCUUCUUUUCGAAAGUAAAGCUCAUUACUUUCUCUUAUUGUUGCGCCCCUGCAGAUCGCCUCCACGGUUCGCAAGUCGACUCCCAUCUUCUGGGGUCACGGGAAGAAGGAUCCCUAUUUCUCGUGCGCUCUUCGGAUCGCUCCGAUCUCCUCCUACCCGGGUGCUGACGUACAUGCCGUCUACUCUUCCUCCAAACACCAGUGUGGAGGCUGCAGAAGACGAUGCAAAUGCCUUGCACCUGCCGCCGUACUCGCUCACCAAUGUCGAGUUCCGUUCCUACGAAGGGCUCGAGCACUUUUGGCGCGCCGACGAAGUCAAUGACUUGAUCGGGUGGCUGCGUUUAACGGUGCAGGUCUCGGAUCCGGUCGAAUCCGCCGAGGUGGUCGAAGACGCGGUCGCGCAGGUUCCGACGCCCGAGGAAGCGAACGAGACGGAUACGAUCGACGAGGAUAGCGAAGAGCUCGUCGACGAGGACGCGCAGCCGCUAAAGGCUGGCUUCGGUCGACCCAACCCGGGGCAGGUCGGCGGCGCGAUGACACCGGAGAAGGGCGCGGGUGAUGAGAGUGAUGACGGAACAGGUCUGAUCAGAGCGCCCCUCAUAAAGCCGGAAACGUUCAGAGUGUCUGGGUCGGGGAGGAAGAGCGGGCCGAAUCGACUCCCGCCGGCCAAGGACACCCAAGCUGACGAGGACGAGGAAGAGGAUGAUUCCGAGGAAUCCGACGUGGAAGGCAAGCCGAAGCUCGCCGGACCCGGCGGUGCAUCCCCCCUACCGGUGCUUCGGGAUGAAAUCGACCUUCCGUUGCCCGCAAGUGAAGUUGCGGUCGUCGAUUCGAACGCAGACGGGCAUGUCGAGGACACGCUCUCGGAUCUAGUGAAGGAAGCGCAAGAAGCCGAGGCGCCGGCAAAGGCGGGCCUGUUGGACACGACGCCGAUGGAGGACGAGUUACAGGAUCUUCCUUUGGAAGAGCAAGCAGCAGCAGCAGCAGCAGUGGCGCCGAAUCCCGGCGACGCAUAG